AUGGUAUAUACAAGGGUUGGUGUUUGGAUACCUCAGUGCCCCCCAAAGAACUGGGAGGCUAGGUCGUGGUCUGGAGAUGGUAGACGGCCAUCAGGAGCGCUCCACUCAACUGGGUUCGGCUCACUCGAUCGAGCUUGUGGCUCCUCUCCUCUUCUUCUUCAUCUUCAAAGUGGUGUGGCUUCCUUGGCCUUGGUGGAGUUGUGCUCGCUCGAAGCGGUUGUAGGGAGUCCAGGGUCUGAGAGAAGUCCUGGUACUGGGUUGAUCGUACUCGAAUCCAGGGUUCUCAAACAGGGGCUCCUCCAGGUCAACUCGACCCUCAGCUCGAUCGAGUUGAGUUUCCUCUGUUUGGACUCGAUCGAGUCCGGUGGUCGAGCUGGAGCGUCUGGCCUUGGAACUCUUCCUCCUUCUCUGCGUGUUGUCUCUCCUUCCCUUGGCUCGAAAGAAGAGGCUCUGUGA